CUCUCUCUCUCUCUCUCUCUCUCUAAACACACACACACUCUCUCUCAUCUUGUAUCUGCAUCAUCUAUGGUGGUUGGGUGGGUUUGAAUUUGGCACCUCUGUCCUCUCUCUGUCUCUCUUCAUAUUUUUUCUUUUCAAAUUGUAUACUAAAAGCGGUGUUCCUUUCCUUUCACCGUUGCACAAGCCUCCUUUAUUGCCUUGUCUCUGUAACCUUUCUCUUUAUUCUUCCCUUUACUUUUACAUAUAUAUACAUACAUACAUACUUUCCCUCUCCUUCAAAAAGCCAUUUUUUUUCAAUCUUCUCCUUUUCCGACACCCUUUGGAUGUUCUUUUGGCAAGUUCAUACAACAUGAAGUCAUUCCAUCCUGUUUCUCUACUGUCGGAUCCAAAGAGUAAAUCUUGUCUCUUCACUCUCUUCAUUACUGCUUCGUUGUUUUGUGGUGCUUACCUCAUUGGGAGUGCAUUACUUGCAAAAAAUUACAGAGGAAUCUUACCAACAUGGAAAAUGAAUAAUGCAAGGCAAAAUAGACAAUCCUUUGAAUGCAAUAAGCAGCUUGCUCAGAUAUCACUAGGGGAGGAAAUGAAUCACACAAGGCAGGAUACACAAUCUAAUAAAUGCAAGAAUCAAUGCAGGCCUGUUGGUAGUGAGGCAUUGCCAGAAGGAAUUAUUGCCAGAAAUUCUAACUUGGAAAUGCGCCCUUUAUGGGGUCCUGUUGCAGAAAAUAUCACUUCAAAGCCUUCAGUAAAUUUAUUGGCCAUUGCAGUUGGAAUAAAGCUGAAACAAAUAGUAAAACAAAUUGUUGAAAAGUUUCUGGCAAGUGAUUUUGUAGUGAUGCUUUUUCAUUACGAUGAUGUUGUGGAUGAAUGGCGCGAUUUUGGGUGGAGUAGCCGCGUCAUACAUGUAUCUGUCAUGAAUCAAACAAAAUGGUGGUUUGCCAAGCGUUUCUUACAUCCAGACAUAGUAGCUGAAUAUGAUUAUAUAUUUCUUUGGGAUGAGGACCUUGGAGUUCAAGAUUUUGACCCGGCACGGUAUCUUUCUAUUGUCAAAGAUGAAGGACUUGAAAUAUCCCAGCCUGCACUUGAUCCUGCUAAGUCAGAGGUGCAUCAUCAAAUUACUGCACGUCGGAGGAAUUCAAAAGUGCACAGAAGGUUCUAUAAGCUUAAAGGCAGUGGAAGGUGUGAUGAUCGCAGCACAGCUCCUCCGUGCAUAGGUUGGGUGGAAAUGAUGGCACCUGUGUUCUCAAGAGCAGCCUGGCGAUGUGCAUGGUAUAUGCUCCAGAAUGACUUGAUCCAUGCAUGGGGCUUGGAUUUCCAGCUUGGUUAUUGUGCACAGGGUGAUAGGACAAAAAAUGUUGGUGUGGUUGACUCUGAGUAUAUAGUUCAUUUGGGUCUUCCAACACUCGGUGUUUCAGAUGGCACCAAGGAACCAUCUGGCUUGCACAGAGUUAAUAAUAGAACUGAAGUGAGGAGACAGUCCUUUAUGGAAAUGCAGAUUUUCAAGAAAAGAUGGAACAAUGCAGUGAAGGACGACAAAUGUUGGGUCGAUCCAUAUCAACAGCCUGUUGAGCAGAAAAGCCGUUAGCUUAUAAUCUAUACUACAUCUUCAUCAAUUAAACAAGGUCCAAGGUUUGCGAUACUCACACAAUCAUACCCCACAAUAGAAUCUUCAAUCAUUUAUGAUACAUUCAAAUUCCCAAACGAUAUGGAAGAUUGUUUCAAAGUGCCUUGGAUGCCGAAUUAUAGACUGAUGCUGUAUUGAUCAUUCUGAUCAUGUUUGUGCUCUAAUCGGAAUAAACCAAGGUUUUAUUUUGUAAUCUAAUCAUUUUUUCCUUGAGUUAUAGAAUUUUUUUUUUUUUUUUUUCAUUACAAAUACAAAUAGGAAACGCUUGUUAGUGGGAAAAGUUGAUUUGAAUGAUUGUAUGAAGCUGGUUGUUACCAAUGUAAAUA